CAAACAGCAACUUAAUGAUCAUGGAUUCAGUUUCCGGUGCACUUCCCUUCAUAUAUAGCUGCCAUGAGCACAAGGUCAUCCAUAUGUACUGUAAAUUCUCUAAGUAUUUUUGCCGCGCCUCGACUAGGAUCGACCUCUUCUACACAUUAACAAAUCGUACCCAAGGCCCUCGACAUACGAUAUCGAAACUAAUCCAAAAUGCAACUUCCUUGCUUCGUACUAGCCCUGGCAUUCGGUGCUACAGUGUACGCAAUCCCAGGUAGUAUGACGAGGAUUGCAGUGGAGACAGGAACGCCGACUACUACGACUGUGAUGCCCACGGUAACGGAGUUUGAAGGGCUAUCGCGGAACUAUUCCAGAAACCAUUACUAUCAAUCUGGUGCUAACAUCGAGAUAGCUUCUAGUACGAUGUAUGUAAUAAUCCCUCUAUCGCCUGAGGGCCUGCUUCUGGAGUCACAGGCCCGAACCGGUAAGCACAAACUUCAUCUAAACUGGCACAGAUCACCAUGGCUUAAUAGCACCAAAAGUCUGUCACGAGCAAUGAGAUACGGGUUGAAGGAGAAGCUGGAGCUUAUCACGAAGAAACCGACACAGAUGAAGUUGUACAAUCUGGUGAUAAUUAGGGACGGAAAAAUGCCUUUCGACCUAGCUCAUUACAACCUGCUGUGGGCCAACCGAACGAUAUGGUGCUGUGGACUAAACAAUGAGCACCCCAUAUGGGAACCAUGCUAUGGAUUAGAUUUGCUCGGUUGUCAAAUAGAACUCUGGGACGUAGCUUGACAUGGGUUUUUCUCCUUUAGUUAAAUAGGUUUUCCCCAUGUCCAUAUGCAAAUGCAAAGCCUCGUCCUGCAUUUACUAUAGCCUACAGUCAAGAAUCGUCUAUGGUAUAUAAAGAUGUAUGCAGCUGGGGACGUAUUACUUUCACGAGAUUAGUUAUCCUACUAAUUUACCACCUAUUCUUAAGUGUUUUCCCUCCCGAAAAG